UGCUUCUACCGUAUUCUCAUCGAGUUCACUUUAAGUUUGUCUCACCUCGAGCUGGGCACAGUUUCAAAUAAACAUUCAAUGCGAGCACAACAACAAAACAUGAAGCUCUUUGCCCUGCUCCCCGUGCUCCUGGGCAUUCUGACAAUUGGUCAAACUAACGCAGCUGCAGGCUCCUCUCAUCUGCUAUGCUACUACGAUGGCGCCAGUUUCAUCAGGGAAGGGCUUUCCAAGCUUACUCUUAACGAUUUGGAGCCGGCAAUGCAGUUUUGCACACACUUGAUCUACGGUUAUGCUGGCAUAAAUCCCAGCAGCAAUAAACUUGUUAGUACCAACGAAAAACUCGAUCUGGAUCUAGGCAGCAGCCUGUACCGCUCUGUGACUGGUCUAAAGAAGAAGUACCCAGCGUUGAAAGUUCUUCUUAGCGUUGGUGGCGACAAAGAUGUUACCGACGAGGAAAGCUCGAAGUAUCUGACACUGCUGGAGAGCAGCAACGCUCGCAUUCCAUUCAUCAAUAGCGCCCACUCACUGGUUAAGACCUAUGGCUUUGACGGUCUUGAUCUGGCCUGGCAGUUCCCUAAGAACAAACCCAAGAAGGUGCACAGCGGCAUUGGCACAUUCUGGAAAGGCUUCAAGAAGAUCUUUUCCGGCGAUCAUGUAGUCGAUGAAAAGGCUGAGGAGCACAAGGAGGAAUUUACGGCACUGGUGCGUGAGUUGAAAAACGCUUUCCGACCGGAUGGAUAUCUGCUGGGCCUUAGUGUACUGCCCAAUGUGAACUCAUCACUGUUCUAUGAUGUGCCCGCUUUGAUCAACAAUCUGGAUUAUGUCAAUCUACACGCCUAUGACUUUCAGACCCCCGUGCGUAAUCCAGAGGUAGCUGAUUUCCCGGCGCCUAUCUACGAGCUAAACGAGCGCAACCCCGAGCAUAACAUAAACUUCCAAGUGCAGUACUGGCUGAACAACCAUGCGCCCGCCUCGAAAAUCAAUGUAGGCAUCCCUACAUACGGACGCGUCUGGAAGCUUACAAAAGAUUCCGGCCUGACUGGCCUACCGCCUGUAUCCGAUGCCGAUAAUGUCGGCCCCGCUGGUGUUCAAACUCAAACUGCUGGCUUUUACAGCUGGCCAGAGGUAUGUGCCAAGCUACCCAACCAAGCCAACCAACAUCUUAAAGGCGCUGAUGGACCACUCCGUAAAGUGGGCGAUCCCACUAAGCGAUUUGGAAGCUACGCUUACCGCUCAGCCGACGACAAGGAUGAAAAUGGGCUAUGGGUAGGAUAUGAGGAUCCCGAUACAGCAGCUAUCAAGGCCUCCUACGUAAAGAGCAAGGGACUGGGAGGCGUAGCCCUUGUUGACCUCAGUUUUGAUGACUUCCGCGGUGGCUGCACUGGCAACGAAAAGUACCCUAUUCUACGCGCCAUCAAGUAUAAGCUAUAAGCGGUCACAUUCCCCCAAAUAUGUAACCCGUUUUUAUGACUUCGAUUAUAUGUAUCUGUUUUUAUUCUGACUAAUCCAUAAUAAACCUAUGUACCCAUGUACAAUCGUUGACACA